UAGACGUGUUGCCGCGACCGACACACCACAACGUACGAACGAACUACACUGUGAUGGUUGCCACUAUCCUAACAGACCAGCAGUCUUAGUUGAUCUGCCCCAUUGCUUCUCUGGUGACUGCAAACGCCAAGGCGGAGCCGUGCCACUUCUCACUUUGCCUGCUUUUCGGGCAUUUCGCAUCGACCGCACGGAACGAAUUCACUCGCCUUUUGCACAAUCCACAGUGGCUGUGUGGGCAUAUAGGCUUGAGAGCAGACCCACCCACCCACACACACACAUUUACGCACUCACGCGUAGCACACAAUCCGUGGUCAGUUCGUGAGUGCAUGACAAGUGGUGGCCAGCGAGAGCACCAGAUAGGAACAGGCCUAAGAAAGAAGCACGUGAACUUCAGCGUUUGUACUCUGCGUGCAUUUGACCGAAAGGCUAACUGUCUAUAUCUACGUCGUGUACGCUCGCCUAUUGAGUAGCAGCACCGAAUUUUCCACAGGGUAUGUUGGAAAGAGCGCAUAGCUUGACGAACUGCAUAGAAAGCGGUGAAUUUAUGCAACUUCCCAAGACUCACCCUCCUUCUCCUCCCUCAACUAUUGUGACCACGGACACAACCACGGACACGCAGUUUAGCCUUUAUGCACUGCGUGGGGAAACCGGCAGGAGCGACAUUCGAUUCGCCAAAGCACCUUCUACCCGCUGGACAUCCGAGGACACACUGGAUUUGUCUAAACCACACUCUAUGCUUUCUGAAAGCGGAAUCGAUAUGAGUUUGUCGCUUAAUGCCAGUGAAAUGUCGGAGUUCAUUUAUUACCACUCGUUACGUGAGGAUCGCAUCCAAGAUCUCAUCAAUCCUCGACACAUUUCAGCUGCCUUGCAACCACCUGCGGUGGCAACACAUCAAGAAAUAGCCAUGUUGACACCGACAAUGAAAGUCAGUUCCACACCAGUUCCUGGAUCGGUACCCCAGGUGUUGCGAAUAAGUGACAAACGAGAUAACGUAAACCCAAAUGAUCUCAGAAACAUUAAUACUAACAUGGUACGAAACGGUGAGAAUUUCAGCGACGAAGGUAUGCAAACUGACGAUGCAACGCAGGAAGGCGGACCUGCAAGUGAUCCCAAUGGUGACAUCUUGCUUUCCUCUACACCCGGUCGGACCGCAUCCUUUUUAACAGGCGCAUCCAAUCUGGUUUACGAUUCGCUCUCCAACUCUAAUAGCCCCUGCCGUUUCUCGGUCACCUAUCCACUUAUGCAUAAUGCCGCUGGGAACAGUAAUAUUGUAUCCCAAGCUGUUCACUCCGAAACAACCAAUCGGCAAAAUGGAGCAGAAACAGACGUACGCUUGUCGGCCAUGUUUCUGACCAAUGAGGAAACUGCGUUAUCCUUUUCUCAGCAGUCUGCCCAGACAAAUCCACAUCAGUCAGUUGCGACACAUCUCACGCCUCGUUAUCAGUCUCACCAGCACCGGCAACCGCAGCAGCGGCAGCAUCCCCAACAACCUGACCAGCACACACAGCAAACGGUGUUGCGCCCAGAUGGCGAGCACCAACUCGUAUGCAAUUCCAUGGAUAGUACGAUGGUUGAUCCGAGAGAUACGGUUAACUACCGCAUGUUGACGCAGCUUCCUAGCUCGCACGAUCACGUAUCACAGGACAAUUCAACCGAAUUGACCACCUCGUCGAUCGAUUCGACAGUGGCUGCCGCGGCUGAUGUGAUGAGUUACAUACACCAGCACGGUCCAGUAACUUACGGUCAUCCUGAUUGUCUCAUAAGGCCCGCAACUGCCGCGGCUGCUGCCCCUCACUGGGGCAGCGAUGAAUUUGAAUUGACUCGGGUGGGGGACGACGGGGUUUGCCGGGACACAUUAUCAUACCACGCGACAUUUCUGCCAAAUGGCCAGCGGACCGGUGCACCUGUGAAUGCUAGUCUCCGACAUCCGUUGACCUCCCCGCAACCUGCUGGGUACAAUCGACGAGUGACUUCGGGAGACUUACCCACGUCACUGGAGCACUUACAAUUAUGCAACGGUGGUCUGACAGAGAAUAGUUUGCAGUUACGAUCAGGACAACCGCAAGCAGGCUUUUCCUACGGUAUGCAACGUGAGAAUGAAUUGAAAUCGGAGCUGAGAAAUGCUCUACCUGCGCAACUUCCGCCGUCACAAAACCAUCUGGCGGGACAUCCGUGUCGAGCAAUGAUGGCUAACGGCUCCAUGAAUACGCAACAUCUUGUGGCCGGUCCACGAGCUUUAAACACUACAGUCCCUGUGUUGCAUCCUCGCCAUGGGCACAUGCAACUGCCUAUACAGGAGAUGGAGGAGAUCAACACGAAGGCAUUGGCCCAGCGAAUCAGUGCCGAACUGAAACGAUACAGCAUACCUCAGGCCGUGUUUGCUCAACGUGUCCUCUGCCGGAGUCAAGGCACUCUGUCAGAUUUGCUGCGCAACCCGAAACCAUGGAGCAAGCUAAAGUCAGGCAGGGAGACAUUCCGUCGAAUGUGGAAGUGGCUACAGGAACCGGAAUUCCAACGUAUGUCUACUUUGCGUCUGGCCGCUUGCAAGCGUAAGGAGGUGCAGCACAUGAAAACUGCCGACGGUCGACAGGUGAAGAAACCCCGCCUCGUGUUCACAGACAUACAACGGCGCACUCUGCAUGCCAUUUUUAAGGAGACGAAACGCCCAAGUAAGGAAAUGCAGUCUACUAUCGCUCAACAACUCGGACUGGAGGUUUCGACGGUGGCAAAUUUUUUCAUGAAUGCGCGUCGACGCUCUUUGGACAAGUGGCAGGAAGACUGCAGCAAAGGAUCCAGCCUGGCUGACUCCCCGUCACCCGGUUCUGCUUCUAGCCGAUGUAGUCAGCGACAAAGUAGUCGAACAACAGGCCACUUGAAAGAAGGUGAUUUUGCCGUCGGUGGACCCUAUUCGCCUGGUCAACGCGGCCGCCCUGUAGGGUCUACAAUUGUCUAUUCGGCCCCGGCAUCUACGAAUAAAAUGGACAACGGCACGUAUCCCCCGGGAGCUCGCAAUGACAUGGAGCGCAUGUUACGUUGUGGUAGCUUGAAUGCGUCAAACAAAUUCAGCAACCAUCCCCGGCCACCCCACAAUAUUGAUGAACAAUUUAAUGUAUGUGGGUCACAGGUCUUCAGCAGCGUUCACAGAGGUGGUCCGGCUCCUUUUGCGUCCUCCAACCCACAAGCCCAAGUAUCCACUGUUCCGCACCCCAUUAAUGAGGGGUUGUCACAACUUACUUGCAAUUAUACAGAAUCACGAUUGCCAACCCACCACAAACUGCAUUCUGUACCACAGAAUGCUCAUCCAACUCCGGCUCAAUCCCAUCCUCUGCAACCUCAUCAUCAGCAACAACAACAUCCAUAUCAGCACACCUCGCAACAACAGCAGCCGCAGCAACUGCUGCAGUAUGCGGAACUUACAGAGCGCACCGAAGCAUUUCCUGUCGGCCAACAGAACGCCACCAGUCCCCACCCCAAUGUACUUGGUCCGAUGGGUUUCGCCAACCAUUCAAUACAGAAUUCCGGUGCUCCACUCACCCAACCCACAGUUAGUUUUCCGCCCACGGGCCUCCAUGCUCAUUUACCUCUAGGUCCUUCGCAAUUAGGUCUUUUUCAGCCUAACGGAAAUGUCAGCAGCAGUGGAAUACGAAACCACUCGUUUAUGAUGCGCGAUUUCGUCGGAGCUAAUGCAUUCGAUCCCAAUUUUCUGAACACUAUUAGUAGUGGGCAACGUGCUCUAACCCAACAAGCCCUGGAGUUAUGCAAUUCUUUGGCGGCAGCUAACGGCGCCACCCUGAGGGAAAAAACACCAGAACAGUUCACUAACUAUCAGGAAGUGCGCAACUCAUCCUCUGCGUCCUUUCCCGCACACCAAACCAAAAGUGAUGAACUGAGGGAUAACGACUUCAUUGAAGAUGGGAAUGAAGAAGAGUAUGGGGAAGGGGAAGAAGAAGAAGAUGAAGAUGAGGAAAACGAGGAUACAGACAAUGAAGAGCUGGAGCGCGCCCGUUCAAAUAGCUGUUCGCCGGAUGGUUCCGUUGAGCGAAUUCCAUCAGUUGAACUGAACUCUUCAAAGAGACAAGGCCUAGAUGAGGUGCAUUCAGAGUAUUUUUGCAACAAUGAACUGGACACGUUUAAAGACGAGUUGUCCAGUUUAAGUGAUGCCAUAUGCGGACUGAUCAGUUCGGAUGAAAAUGAUCCCACCGACACCACCUAAGUGCUCGGAUUUCCCCACUGGUGGAAUGUUUGUUUUCAGGCUUCCUUGAGUUUGUUCGAAUGUUGUUUACUUCCCAGAGUUUAUUUCGAUACCACGAUAUUCCUUGUUCGCGGUUUUUGGUCCUGUUAGCGGCAGCUUCCUAAGCGUUCUGUGUUGAAUUGAGCUCUUCAGGCAGCGGCUAAUAACCCCGCGUGUACGUUUUGAUAGCACUGCUUGCAGCGCCUUACAAUGUCGCACCACUGUACAGAGCUUGGCAGGAAGAGUCUCUUGUUAUACAUUUUGAUGCCCGUAUUUUUGCACCACACAUUUCCUUAAGUUCUAUGCGGCCCUCAGAGUGUCAUUCUUUGUACAAUGUCCCCGGAAUUCGUUCAUACACACAAUUGUUUUCCGUCUGUGAAACAAGUUUCAAUUGUGCCCAAAUUUCGAAGCUCUCGUUACUCGCUCCCAUUUCCUUUUCAACCUCUAAUCCUCAAUUCUGGUGGCACACGAUUUUCAUACAGUGUCUUUCGUGCUCGUGUCGGUUGUCGUUUGCAAUCCACUCGCCCCAUAAGGCUCACCGCCAGCCCGCCCAGUCUUGUCGCCGUCACGUACUUCUCGUGUUUUUUGGCUGCAGUCUCUUUCACAGCGAUUAAGUUCCAUACAGUGGACUCACUUGGUGGAUACACUGUCUAUCGACUAGAAGAGAAGUCAUCCCAGUUUUCCUCUUUCCCAAUUUUCGUCUCCCCUUUCCCCAUAAUUCCUUCUGCGUUCGUGCGAAGAUAUGGGACGUGCAAAGUGUACAUUCCAUAAUUUUCCUAUUGCACUUGAACUGUGAAUCUUGUGUCAG